UGUAGUCUUUGCAGUUUAUUUCCCUAGGUCCUUCGCGUUACUGUUUUGAGUCCCGCCUGUUGUCUGGUCCCCUAAACCUUUACACAUGUCUUGGUUUAUUUGAAGACCAGGAAGUUCAUAGCUCCCGAGGACGGCUGCAGAAAGACGGUGGCUCGGUUGGGACAGUCGCCAGGGAUGGCGGAACGUGAGGAUGGAGCGAGUGUCCGGGCUGCUCUCCUGGACGCUGAGCAGGGUGCUAUGGCUCUCAGGCUUUUCUGAGCAGGGAGCUGCCCGGCAGCCCCGGAUCAUGGAAGAGAAAGCGCUAGAGGUUUAUGAUUUGAUCCGAACUAUCCGGGACCCAGAAAAGCCUAAUACUUUAGAAGAACUGGAAGUGGUAACGGAGAGUUGUGUGGAGGUUCAGGAAAUAAAUGAAGAAGACUAUUUGGUUAUUAUCAAGUUCACACCAACAGUACCUCAUUGCUCUUUGGCAACUCUUAUUGGAUUGUGCUUAAGAGUAAAACUUCAGCGGUGUCUGCCGUUUAAACACAAGUUGGAAAUCUACAUUUCUGAAGGAACUCACUCAACAGAAGAAGACAUCAACAAGCAGAUAAAUGACAAAGAGCGAGUGGCAGCUGCAAUGGAGAACCCCAACCUACGGGAAAUUGUGGAACAGUGCGUCCUUGAGCCUGACUGAGACCGUCUUAAGAGCCAAUGACUUUUAAUCAAUCGUUUGAUCUGUUUAAAUCUUUGUAAAAUGUAGAGGACACAUGUUGAAUAUGUAGGUGAUUUGUACCUCAGAGCAUUUUUUUUUAAGUUUUUUUUGUUGUUAUUGUUUUGUUUUGUUUUUCAAGACAGGGUUUCUCUGUGUAACAGCUAUGGCUGUCCUGGAACUCACUCUGUAGACCAGGCUGUCCUGGAACUCACAGAGAUCCGCCAGCCUCUGCCUCCUGAGUGCUGGGAUUAAAGGCGUGUGCUACCACUGCCCAGCUUUUUUAAAGGGUUCUUUCUGUGCAGGCUUCAGUGAUGAGGUAGAACCUAAUUGUUCAGAGAGUAACAUUCUCAGGAUUUCUAAUCCAAGUGAUCAGACAGAAAAAUAUUUUCUAGUUAUUAUGUGUAAGAUGUUACUAUUUUUCUGAUGACCAUUCUGAUACAACUGCUUUUCAUGUCAAAUAUCUACUGUGCCCAAAUGUAUGAUUUAAAUCAUCAUUCUAAAUAAAUACGACAGAUGAUUCUUGUAAUGGAUCACCUUA